GUACAUUGAAGCCAAGGCUGAUCGUGUAACCGUCAUCUUCAGCACGAUAUUCAAGGAUCCAGAUGACGUGAUCAUUGGAAAGGUCUUUUUACAGGAGUUCCGUGAAGGCCGAAAAGCUAGUCAAACCGCUCCAGCAGUACUUUAUUCUCUAGGCGAACCGCCUCUAGAGUUGAGAGAUCUACCAGGAGCACGUGUUGGAGAGAACGUUGGAUAUAUCACAUUUGUUCUGUUUCCUCGACACACCAACAAGAAAGCUCGUGACAAUACCAUCGAUCUGAUUCAUACGUUCCGCGAUUAUCUACAUUACCAUAUCAAAUGUUCAAAGGUAUACAUGCAUUCAAGGAUGCGAUCAAAGACGAAUGAUUUCCUCAAGGUACUCAAUCGUGCCCGUCCAGAGGUUAAACUAGAAAAGAAGACCUUCAGAGUACAGCAACAAGGAAUAGUACAUGUGAUGCGCUCAUUGUUAAAUAAGACGGCAAAGCAGAUCAAACAAGAAUGUGUGGGAUA